UCUGUCACAGCCGCGGCUUCCCGGAAAAAAACUCGGAUAGAGAUUUUCUCUCAGACUUUUUUUCCGGAGAGAGGCGGCUGUGACACAGGCUAAGAAGAACAUCGCGGAUCGCGGAACGAAACUGGAAAGAAAGUAGAAAGGUAAAAUUCCAGAAGAUCGAAAUGUCCAAAAAGGUGUGCCUUCUUUCCCUUUCUGUAAUGGGGAUGAUUUUCAUCAACUUCUCUUUGACAGCUACUUCUCUCAAAUGCUACAAUUGCCAUGGAGCAAAAAAGGAACCUGAUCAGGAUGCAGGUUGCAGUAAUACCACCAAGAACUGCAGUGGAUCAGAGAAUACAUGCAUGAUACAUCUCACCAGAAACAAGUUAUCUGAACCUCAAGUCUAUCACCUAACUUGCAAAGCUAAAGUUGACUGUGAACGUCUGGGUGUUGGCUGUAUCAAAAAUAAUGAUAAAACUAUCUGCACAAAAUGUUGUUCCACUGAUCUGUGCAAUACUCGUACAACCUAUAGUGCUACCUUAGCUCCACCAACCUCGUCGACAUCAAGGAGGACACAAAUUCUACCAAUCAUAUUUUUCCUGACCACACUGACAGUGUUCUGGUUUUGUGACUAAGAGUUCAGCGUAAUAAUGUUGACUUCUACAAUGUACCAAUCUUUGGGAAGUAAAAAAAAUAUAUAUAAUAAUAGCCUAGUCUGCACUGCCAAUGUAAACCAUACACAAAAAA